AAAUCCCAACCCUUCCUAUAAAAACCAUACUCGCCACCAUUUCUACACAUCUUCUACCAAAGUCUCAUUUCUGUGUCUCGAACUCUCCAUCGCUCUCUUUCUCUUCUCUUAAUAAUAAUAUAUCGAAGCUGCAAUAAUGUCUGCCUACCGCGGAAAGUAUGCUGAUGAACUCAUUGCAAAUGCUGCAUACAUUGGUACUCCUGGAAAGGGUAUCCUUGCUGCUGAUGAAUCCACUGGAACUAUUGGAAAGCGUUUAUCGAGCAUCAACGUUGAGAAUGUUGAGUCAAACAGAAGGGCUCUUCGUGAACUUCUCUUCUGCGCCCCUGGUGCACUUCAAUACCUGAGUGGUGUGAUCCUUUUUGAGGAAACUCUGUACCAGAAAACCGCUGCAGGCAAGCCUUUUGUUGAUGUGUUGAAUGAGGGAGGUGUUCUUCCUGGUAUCAAGGUCGACAAGGGUACUGUUGAGCUUGCUGGAACCAACGGUGAAACCACUACUCAAGGGCUUGAUGGCCUAGCCCAACGUUGCCAACAAUACUAUGCUGCUGGUGCUCGUUUUGCUAAAUGGAGAGCCGUACUUAAGAUUGGUCCCAACGAGCCAUCACAGCUGGCCAUCAAUGACAAUGCCAAUGGUCUGGCCCGUUAUGCCAUCAUCUGCCAGGAGAACGGCUUGGUACCAAUUGUUGAGCCAGAGAUCCUUGUCGAUGGAUCCCACGACCUCAACAAGUGCGCUGAGGUGACAGAGCGUGUUCUGGCUGCUUGCUACAAGGCCCUCAACGACCACCACGUCUUGUUGGAGGGUACAUUGUUGAAGCCCAACAUGGUUACACCCGGUUCUGAUGCUCCCAAGGUUGCCCCUGAGGUGGUUGCUGAGUACACUGUCCGUGCUUUGCAACGAACAAUGCCUUGUGCUGUUCCCGCUGUUGUCUUUUUGUCUGGUGGACAGAGUGAGGAAGAGGCCACCCGCAACCUAAAUGCAAUGAACCAGCUCAAGACAAAGAAGCCAUGGACCCUCUCUUUCUCGUUCGGACGUGCUCUCCAGCAGAGUACCCUGAAGGCAUGGGCUGGCAAAGAGGAGAAUGUCGGAAAGGCUCAGGCUGCAUUGCUUACAAGGUGCAAGGCCAACUCAGAAGCCACUCUAGGAACCUACAAGGGCGACAGCGCUGUGAGCCAGGAUGCAUCCGAGAGCCUCCACGUCAAGGACUACAAGUACUAGAUUCAGUAUGACUUCCCUUCGAUUUUCUCGGUUGAAAGGAGAGCAUGACUAGUUUGUUGACUUAAUGCAUUUUAUCCUCAUUUUCAUGGUUUCUAAACUCCCGUUUUUAGUUAAUAAGGUUUCGAGGAGCAUGGAGGAACAUUGUUGGUUGCUUCUUUUGUACUUUUAUCAUUUCUUCUUUGUGUUAAAACUAUUUUGCCAAUGUUUGGCAAAGCUUAAUUUGCUCAUAAUUACGGUUAAUAGAGGAAUUUGUGGAGUGUUUUUGAAUUA